UUUCUUCUCAUCCUUUGAAGUAUAAGCAAAGAAAUGCAAACCAAACCCAUUGUCAAAUAUUCCCUUCUUUCCCCUCCAAACCCUACAGCUGAUAGUCUCUUCUUCUCCGCCAUGGAAACCCCAGCUGUUUCUCCUAAACCUACCCAAGAUUUUAGCUCCUCAGUUGACACUUCUCGCCCUUUUCGCUCUGUCAAAGAAGCCGUAGCCAUCUUCGGUGAGCGGAUUCUUGUUGGAGAUAUAUACUCUCCAAAGCCUUAUUACACUCCUCCUCCUAGUCUUCAUGACCCUUCAUGGACGUUCUCAACUCCAAGCCCUGUAAACCCCAACAAGGAAGAUGAUCAUGAUCAUGACCAUGAACAGAAUAAUAAUGGGUUCUUGGAUACUCUAAAGAAACUCGAGGCUGAGCUUGAGCAAACGAAGGCGGAGCUGAAGUUGCUGAAGGAGAGAGAGUCAGAGACUGAAAUUGCAGUAGCUUCUUUGAACGCUGAGCUUCACAAGAACAUGUCCAAGUUGGCUGAGGCAGAGGCGGCGGCGGCGAAAAAAGCAGCUGCGGCAGCUAGAAGGGUGAGUUUUGAAACGGAAAAGAAAGAAGAUGUUGUGAGACAGGAGGAAAAGAAGAGAGAGUUGAUGAUAAGAAUGGAGAAUUCGGCAACUAAUUUAGCUCAUAUAUUGAGUAUUGGUGAAGAGAAAGGAUUCUAUGGAGGAAAAAAGGAGAGGAAGAAGUUGAAGAAGAAGCCUAUAGUUCCUCUACUGGGAGAUUUGUUAUUCAGGAAAAAAGGGUCAUCUAAUAAUAAAACUCUUAAUAACCCUCUCUUUGCUUCUGCUCAUGGUGUAUUUUGAUUAGGGAAAAUUCGUUGUUGUAUAAGCAAAGUUCAUGAACAUUGUUUCAGGUUGAGUUUAAUUAAUUUUAAUUUCUGAGUUUGUAAUGCAUGCAUACGUUGUUUGUAUUAUCUAUGGAUAAAAUUUCUUUAAUUUCCGCU